AUGGAAAGGUACAAGAUCUACAUAGAAGGAAUUGGCUGGUCGGUGAGCAAGAAGUACAUUUUGGCAUGUGAUUCCAUGACCUUGCUGAUAAAGCCAGAGUUCUACGAUUACUUCGUAGGAGGGAUGAUGCCUAUGGAGCAUUACUGGCUAAUUAGGGCGCGUUUGGCCCUUAUGCCGAACAAUAAGUGCAGAGAUAUCAAAUUUGCUGUUGAAUGGGGAAACAAUCACACUGAAGAGGCGCAGAGGAUCAGCGGUAGCAGGACCAAGUUCGUCGAGGAGAGCUCAAAACUGAAGUUCGACUGCACGUUUCACCUGCUUAGCGAGUACGCGAAGCUUCUCAAGUUGGAGGUAAAGGUGCCCCGGGGAAUUACCGAGCUGUGCUCGGAAAUGAGAGGCUUCGAGGUAAAGGUGACUCCGGUAAUGACCGGUCUGUGCUCGGAAAUGAUGGCGUGCCCAGCUGAUGGCUUAUGA